AUGCGUUGGAACCUGCUGUUGCUGGUUCUGGCCGCACUGUUAAUUCAGUCAGCAUAUGGUCGAUAUGAAAGGAAUCGUGAGACAUAUAAAUUAUAUGGUCAACGAAGACGCUCAAACGCUGGAGAAGCUAGGCUUAUACCAGACUAUUUAAAUACAAUAAUAAAUAAAAAAACCACAACUACUACAACUACAGCUAAACCGGAACCCCCUCCAUCGCCAACAACACCAACAACUACACCUCCAACGACGGAGACUCUGACUCCACCUCCACCGCCACCACCACCUCCACCACCACCGCCACCACCACCUCCUACACCUACAACACCAACAACCAGUCCCACAACAGAUCCAAUAUUACCACCACCUCCUCCACCACCACCACCAUCUCCUCCACCACCACCCCCACCUCCUCCUCCACCACCACCAACAACUCCUAAGCCAUAUAUACCGCCACCUCCACCAGCUUAUUUACCACCUCCACCGGGUCUACCGCCACCACCCGCUCCACCUGUAAUACCACCAAUAUCACCUGCAGCUAAAGUUUAUAAACCCACUGAAAACUACGAACAUGAGGAUUAUGAUGAUGAUGAUGACGAAGAAGAAGAAUCUGGAAGAGAAUUAUAUCAUAACUUUAUGUCAAAAUCCGAAGGUCGCAGAUAUCAAAAUACCAACGAUAUACUUAGCAGCGACAAUGAUGACAACAAUGAUUUGAGUGACUAUGACAAUUACGCAGAACUUGGACGUGCGUCACAGGCACGUCCUAGGAGACGUCAACGUAAAAGAAGAAUAAAUCGUAUAGUUUUACAUAAUCGUCAGAAUCCACACUACCGAAGACGUCUUAAUAGACAAAGAGCUAGAAGAAAUCGACAACGCAGAGAAAGUCUUAGACGACGUCGUUUGGCACAACGUAGACGUUCAGAACAACGUAGACGUUUAGAACAACGUAGACGUUUUGCACAGCGACGUCGUCGCAUGCAACGACGCCGCCGUUUACAAAGACGCCGUCGAUUGGAAAAUUAUAGACGUAGAAUAGCCAUUAUCCGUCAGAAUCAAAGACUUAGACUUCAAAUGCAACGUCUUCAAACUAACAAGCAACAUGGUCGUAAUGAGGAAAAUCGAAAGGGAUAUAAACUUUAUGGGCAACGUAAGCGCACGAACGUUGGAGAAGCUCGUUUUAUCACAUACUUAUUGAACAAGAAAACAACAACAACUACAACAACUGAAAAACCACCACCAAUUCCAACAACAACAUGUGAGCCAUGUACACCCACAGAAACAGAACCGCCAACAACUCCUACAACUGGACUGCCACCGCCACCUCCUCCUCCUCCUCCUCCACCACCGCCGCCACCUCCGCCAACACCUCCUCCACCGCCACCACCACCACCUCCACCGCCACCACCACCUCCUCCACCUCCUCCUCCACCGCCGCCGCCUCCACCACCUCCUCCUCCACCACCACCUCCACCACCUCCUCCACCACCACCUCCUCCACCACCGCCUCCUCCACCACCGCCUCCACCAACAAUAACACCUCCUCCACCAGGUCUACCACCAUCACCACCUCCUCCAGCACCCGAUGCUAUUGCAGAUAAUGAUAAUGACAAUAAUAAUGAUAUUGAUGAUGAUGAUGAUGAUAUCGAUGAUGAUAUUGAUGAUGAUGAUGAUAUUCCAAAUGUAUCAACUACACCAAAACCUAAGCCAACAGAUCCACCAUACCUUCCACCUCCACCAGGUCUACCACCUCCACCUACACCUGGUGUUAAACCAAACUAUCCACCAACAUCACCAGCAGCAAAUAAUAACGAUAUACUUAAUAACGAUAAUGAAGAAAGCAACUUUAACGAAUCCACACAAAUUGGUCGAGCUGCAAGAGCUCAACCCACAAGCUGGCGCCGCCGUCGUCAACAAGCUAUCAGACAUAGAAGAAGAAUGCAACGAAAUCGUCGCCUUCGUCAACAGGCCAUCAGGCGUAGACAAAGAAUGCAACGUAAUAGACGACAGAGAAAUCGACAACGUCGUUAUCAACGUAGAAAGAUACAACGUAUCAGACUACGAAAUCGUAUCAAGCCUAAAAGAAGACGUCAAAUAAUAGUACGAAGAUAUCGAAGUGGCAGUGCAUCUAAUAGACGUCGUAAUCGACGACAACGUUUAGCAAGACAACGUCGUUUAGCAAGACGUCGUCGUAUAGCAAGACGCCGUCGAUUAGCACGACGCCGUCGUUUGACAAGACUGCGUAGGGAUCGCAGACUUAGGCGUCGAAUGCAACGGAUUCAGCGGAAAAGAAGAACGUAA